CCAUGUUAUGUCGAUGAAUCACGUGACUGUACAACAUGUCAUUGGAGUGAAUGUGCCGGGUUAAACUAUCCAAAUUGUUUUCAGUAUUUAGUUCACAUUUUAUUUAUAAACUCUAAAAUUCUUGGAAAAUGGAUACUCGAAAGUUGACAGAUGUUUUGCGUGCCACAAUCGAUCCGAAUCAACGACAGCAAGCGGAAGAACAACUUAGUCAGAUUCACAAAAUUAUUGGUUUUGUACCUUCCCUGUUGCAAGUUGUUAUGCUGUCUGAUGUUGACAUGCCUGUGAGACAGGCUGGUGUAAUCUACCUGAAGAAUCUAGUAACACAGCAUUGGGCAGACCGAGAGGUGGAACCUGGUCAGCCUUUACCAUUUAGUAUUCACGAACAAGACCGAGCUAUGAUCCGUGAUGCCAUAGUAGAUGCCGUUGUUCAUGCACCAGAUCUUGUCAGAGUUCAGCUUGGUAUAUGCGUGAGCAAUAUAGUAAAACACGACUUUCCUGGACGUUGGACACAAAUUGUAGAUAAGAUCAGCAUUUAUUUACAGAAUCCAGAUGCAGCUGGUUGGACAGGAGCACUAAUGUGCUUGUAUCAACUAGUGAAGAAUUUUGAGUACAAGAAACCAGAGGAACGUGGUCCACUGAAUGAAGCAAUGAAUCUUCUUUUCCCUAUGAUGUAUCAGCUGUGUGUUCGCCUACUUCCAGAUCAGUCGGAACAAUCAGUUUUACUCCAGAAACAAAUACUCAAAAUAUAUUUUGCAUUGACACAGUACUCACUCCCAUUGGACUUGAUAUCUCGAGAGGUAUUCUCUCAGUGGAUGGAAAUUGUGCGUGCUGUGGCAGACAGACCAGUUCCAGAGCAAACCAAUGUGGUAGAUGAAGAAGACAGAGUAGAUUUACCAUGGUGGAAAUGCAAGAAGUGGGCACUUCAUAUCCUCCAUAGAAUGUUUGAAAGAUAUGGUAGCCCAGGACAUGUCACCAAAGAAUAUAAGGAAUUUGCGGAAUGGUACUUGAAGACGUUUUCUGCAGGAAUUUUAGAAGUUUUACUGAAAAUACUGGAUCAGUAUAGAAGAAAAAUAUACGUGUCACCACGUGUUAUUCAACAAACAAUCAAUUACAUAAAUCAAGGAGUUAACCAUGCCUUCUCCUGGAAGUUCCUGAAGCCACAUAUGUUUGCCAUUGUUCAGGAUGUUCUGUUCCCAAUUCUGUCAUACUCACAGGCUGAUGAGGAACUAUGGAACACUGACCCAUAUGAAUACAUACGAGUAAAAUUUGACAUAUUUGAAGACUUUGUAUCACCUAUAACAGCAGCACAGACACUGCUCCACUCUUCAUGUAAGAAAAGAAAAGACAUGUUACAGAAAACAAUGCAUUUCAUAAUGCAGGUUUUAACAUCACCAAAUGCAGAUCCUAGACAGAAGGAUGGUGCUUUGCAUAUGGUUGGUACCUUGGCAGAUGUUUUGUUGAAGAAAAAGUUCUACAAAGAACAAAUGGACGAUAUGCUAUGUCAGUAUGUUUUCCCUGAAUUUACCAGUCCCCGAGGGCACAUGCGAGCUAGGGCUUGUUGGGUUCUGCAUUACUUCAGUGAAAUAAAAUUCAAACAGGAAGCAAUCCUUGCAGAAGCCAUCAGACUGACUACAAACGCUCUCCUGACAGACCAUGAUUUACCUGUUAAGGUGGAAGCUGCUAUUGCUUUACAAAUGCUGCUCAGUUCACAAGAAAAAGCACAGAAAUAUGUGGAACCACAGAUAAAACAAAUAACUCUUGAACUACUGACAAUAAUCAGAGAAACAGAGAAUGAUGAUUUGACAAGUGUGAUGCAAAAGAUUGUGUGCACUUACACCGAGCAGCUAAUGCCUAUUGCAGUAGAGAUGUGCCAGCAUCUGGCAACAACAUUUAGCCAAGUGCUAGAGACUGAUGAAGGUUCAGAUGAGAAGGCCAUCACUGCAAUGGGCUUACUGAAUACUAUUGAAACAUUGCUAACUGUGAUGGAGGACCAGCCAGAGGUCAUGGCACAGCUACAACCCACGGUACUGCAGGUGGUAGGACAUAUCUUUUCUCAGAGUGUUAUGGAAUUUUAUGAGGAGGCACUGUCCCUAGUUUAUGAUCUAACAAGUAAAAGUAUUUCACCUGACAUGUGGAAAGUCUUGGAGCUCAUGUAUCAGGUGUUUCAGAAGGAUGGUUUUGACUACUUUACUGACAUGAUGCCUGCGCUUCACAACUAUGUAACAGUAGACACACCUGUCUUCUUAUCGAAUGAAAACUAUGUAUUGGCUAUGUACAACAUGUGCAAAGCUAUCCUUACAGGAGAUGCAGGCGAGGAUCCAGAAUGUCAUGCAUCUAAGUUGUUGGAAGUUAUCAUCUUGCAGUGUAAGGGGCAUAUUGAUCAGUGCAUACCGUCGUUUGUUGAGCUUGUUCUACAAAGACUGACACGUGAAGUGAAAACAUCUGAAUUACGUACAAUGUGCCUCCAAGUUGUUAUAGCAGCAUUGUAUUAUAACCCUCAGUUGCUGUUUGAGACACUGGAGAAACUGCAGUUAGCUGUGUCUCCCACAGAAUCCAUAACAUCACACUUCAUCAAACAGUGGAUUCAUGACACAGAUUGCUUCCUUGGCCUCCAUGACAGAAAACUCUGUGUGCUCGGUUUGUGUACACUUUUGAACUCGUCUGCUGCUCGACCCCUUGCAGUGAACGAGUGUGCUGCACAGAUCAUUCCUUCACUCAUCCUCCUGUUUGAUGGCCUGAAGAGAGCAUAUGUAGCCAAGGCCCAAGAAGGAGAAGAAGAGGAGGAGGAUAUAGAAUCUGACAUUGAUCAAGAAGUUUUGUCAAGUGAUGAAGAUGAAAUAGAUGAUACGAAUCAGGAAUACCUAGAAAAAUUACAGGAAAAGGUAACAAAAGGCAGAGAUGGUAGUCCAUUCAACAUAACGGCUUAUAUUCAGGACGAAGAUACGGAUGAUGGUAGUGAUGAUGACUAUGAAGUAAAUGAGGAGACUGCUUUGGAAAGCUAUACAACCCCUCUAGAUGAAGGAAAUUGUAAUGUUGAUGAGUACAUUGUAUUCAAAGAAGUUUUGCAAAACAUUCAGGCUAGUGAUCCUGCAUGGUAUCAGAUUUUAACAGCCAACUUGACCACAGAACAGCAGAAAGCACUACAGGAAGUAAUGGUGCUUGCAGAUCAAAGGAAGGCAGCUGCUGAAAGCAAGAGGAUAGAACAAAGUGGAGGUUAUGUAUUCAAUCAACAGACGGUGCCUGCUUCUUUUAAUUUUGGUGGAACCCCCUUGGGACGAUAGAGUAUCUUCUGAUGAUAGUGACAGUUUAUAUAUUGGACAUCUGUGACAAUUUGCAGCACUUUUUUUACUGUCAUGCAAGAGGGAAAUGUGUUACAUGUGCAUAGAUCCUAGUGAAAUUUUUGUCCAUUGAACAUACUGUAAUUAAAUUAAAAGUAUGUAAAAAUACAUUCACAUUGUGCAAAAUUUAAUACUACAGUAAAAGUAUACAUUCAUGUUACUUCUGAAGUGCAAAUAUAACAGAAGUCUCAAACAAGUGAAGUUUCAUAAAUUGAAAAUACAUUUUAGAAGAAUGUAUAAUACUGAAUGUAUCAGGAUAUUGUAACAUUUUCCAGUGUGUCUAAUUAUUGUCCACUUAUGAAUGUUUAUGCAUGGAGUUUAAUGGCUUUAUAUUAUUUUUCUCUUUGAAACUGACUACUUGUAACAAAACAAAGUAUUGGCUCCCUGCAAUUUUUAAUACUCAAUUGCCACCCAGCAUGUCAUUUUUGCCAUUGAUUUCCCACUUACAUCAUUCAACACAGAUUGUAAAUUAAGUAGGUACUAUUAACUUUGAGAUCCUAGUACCUAAAUUUGUAUUAUUUAUUCAGUCAUAUUUAUUGUGGAACUAAGCCUGAACCAAUAUAAAUGUAGAGGCUAAAGGAUGAAUUGGGGUUAAAUGCAGGUUACAGUUUGGGUUCCUAUAUCUGAAAAUGCUUCAUAAGUAGUUUUAGUCUGUGACAAAGGAAUUAGGCUUGAGGUUGUUUCCACCAAUAUCAGAGCCCAAUAUGAUAAAAGUGUACAAACAUGGUGUGAUUCAGGUACUCAACAUGGUUGCUGACAUGCUUAAAUAAAUAUGUUGAAGGCCUGUUUUAGAAUCAAAGGAAUGUGCCUUGGAUGAGACACCACUGUAUAAAAUUAGAAUUCUGGACCUUAUACUAAAAUACAGUUUCAAAGUGAAACUGUAGGUCGGAAAGUAGGAGUACUUGCAAACACACCACUAGGAAUAUUACAUCUCCACCGUACAUGGAGUUAUUCCUGUUAUAUUUAAACAUAGAUUGUUUAAUAAGAAAAUAUUUAUGGUAGAUCACUGGUGUAUGGUGCUUCAAAAUUUAGUUCUGUAAGGUUUUCUACUUCAAGCCUAUACUAGCUUGACUCUUUUAAGGACCCCCCCCCCCCUUUUUACAUAAGUUGUAUCAUAUCAUAGCUGCAUUGAACGCUUUGUCAGAAUUAUAUAAUUGGCACUUCUUAGAUGUUUCUGAUAUUCAAUAUGUCUUGCUUAAUAUUAUAAAUUUGAAAGAGGGUGAAAACCACAUGCAUUGGAGUGAUAAUUAUGCUUAAAUAUCUAUUUUCUGAACUGUAUAAAGUAACUUUUAUCCAACUGGCUUUAUAUGUGUGCUGUUUAAAUGCCAAAACAUGGUGAACAUCCAUUAUUAGUCAUGAGGUCUUGACACUUGAAUAGCUGUAAACAAAACAUUGUAAAUGGCAGGAUUCUGACAAGGAUAUCAUGGAUCUGGACUGAGCUUUUACUUAUCUGAACAUAAUAAACAAAGUGAAACUAAACACCCUGUCAAACUUUUAUCACUAUCAAUUUAUUUGGCAGAAUAAAUUUAUGAAACAGCCUACAAUGUACUAAUUAGUAGCCAAAGAAAUGCAUUAGCUUUGGUAACAGGCUCACUGAAUUUUGACAGUUUGAAGCUAAAACAGCAGAUUGAAAAUUCUUUUGAUAACAAAAUCUUAACUUUAUUCCAACAGAAUGAAAUCCUACUGAAACAACCAUUCAUUCUCCUGGGGAAACUACAGACCAAGAAACCACACAAAUAUUAAACAAAAAUUGUUCAAACACAAAGACCAUAAUUUUCAUAAACAUAAUUAAAAUUCAUUCAAUAGGGAUGCAGCAUUUGUGUGUGCAAACUGCUUACACACUUAAAAAGGCUUUCUUCAUUGCAGUUUAUGUAAGUGAAUUAAAAGUAUGCACAACAGUUCUGUCGGUCUUAACUUAGAAGAUGACAUUUCCUAGUGUUUAUGGUUCAGAUAUUAUGUGUAAAGCAAUUAUAUGCACAAAUCCAAUACUGCUCACAUGUAUCAUCCUGCAAUGGCUGAAACAGGCUCCCUUCAACCUCUAAGAAAUAAGUUGCAAUUUCCUCGGGUAGAAUCUUGUCAGCCAUCAACUGUCUUGAAAUAGUUCAUUUUCUGUGUAAUACCUAUCACUUUAAACACCUUUCAAAGUACACUGAACCAACAUAGCCACCCCUCAUUGCUUUCUGAACAUUUUGUUCAAAAAGGCGCCUGUUGUUCUGAAGCACUUCUGCAGCUUCCUUGUUCAGUGGAUCCUCGGGAUUCGGCUCCUAUGUGAAAACAAAGAACUGUAUAAUUUACCUUUCCUUUAUGCGUGCUACAUUGUUUUUAACUUAAGUAAUGUCUUUCCUGAACUGGUUCUGAAUUCUAAUGUAUAUGCGUCUUAACCCUUUCAUUAGUGAAAUUUUUUCCCAUUAAACAGACUGUCUGGAAAAAGUAAUCAACUUCGAUGACUUACCAAAAAACAAGAAUAUAACAAAUGUCCUAAAAGAUUAUGUACACAGUAACGAGCAAAGUAUAAACAAUCAUUACAUUUAUACGAAUCACAGAGUGUUAUAUGUAAUCCAGGAAUGCUGUUUUAUACUAAUCACUUUUGAAUUUGGUAGCAGUGAAAGCACUUAUGUAAUUAUGAAAGAGAAAUGGAUUCAGUUUUGAGGAAAUAAAGUGAAUAUAAUUUCAAUUUAUCAUUUUAUACAAUAUGAAUUAUUAUUAAAUUUCAUUAAGGCUUGAUAAUAAUUAGCAACUAACUGCCUGAUUGAUUCAUACUUGGGACUGAAUAAUGUGUACAGCAGCAAAAUAUGAACUAGCAUCUGCUUCCUUCCCUGUAUAAGCAUUUUAAUUAAUUUCUCUUAAAAAUAUAAAUGCAUAGAUACAAACUGACAGCUUUGUCUACCCUAUGCAGUCAAUUUAACAUCAGAAUUUAAAACAUUAUGACAUUAAUUUGUUCAUCUAACAGUAUAAGUGUUAUGUAAAGUCCUUUUUAGCAGUAGUCUGAUAAAAAUCUUGGGGAUGGAGGAGUGGCAGCAACUGAAAUAUUAAAUUUACAUGAUAACCAUAAUAAACAGGGUAAAGUGGGCUUUGCUUUUGGUGUAACAGAAAAUACUUUCAAAAUACAAUAUUUUAAUGGUACAGUGAAUCCUAGAAUACUCCAUUGAAAGGAGUUGGCUGUGACUGUCACUAUAUAAUUUGGACACACACACCUUCAGAGUGUUUUUUUUUAAUUUGCUCAAUCAACUGAUGCUCAUUAAUUAUACAUUUACAUUUUGUUUUCAGAUGCUCUUUUGUCAAAAUAUCCUAUACCAUUUGUGAAAUCUCUGAAUUCUGUAUGAAGUAUAUUUUUACAUAAAAUGUUCUAUAAGAAAGAAACAAAUGUGCUCAGUAAAUAGCAAGCUAUAAAAAAAUGGUAAAAUACAUAACCGUACCGUGUGCAUUGCUGAACAAGUUGUUAUCACUAUACUGAUAUAGACUAGUUUAAUAAAAUAUAAUAUAUGCAACAUU